AUGAAUACAAUAAACACACAAGCGGCCGAAAGACUUGAGAAAACUAGAUUCCUUCGCAAGAUCAAGGCUGAGAUGAAGGCAAAUGUCAUUGAAACCCUUGUAAGCAUGGAAGAAAACAACGAAUUACCAAAAGAUUUAAAAGUUAAGCGUUAUACACCAAAUGACGAAACAGCGGAUGCAUUAUCUUACAUUGGAGAGUUUUGUGCUUUUCACAAUCUCACAAAUACGCUCAAAUGCCUCAGAGCAGAAACAAACGGAGAUAUUAUGGUUCUCAGAACAGCUGGAAACGAAAAAAGCAAACUUGCACGCGCUAUAGAAAUCUAUAAUCAGAAGAAGGCUGCUGAAGCUCCUGCUCCUGAAAACUAA